AUGACCAAAUUCCAGAGGGGAGAGCUCAUGGAGGGCUGGAACGACUGCCCUAUCCCGGUUCCCGCAUCCAAUAGCGGGGCCCCGUCUGCUUCGGCCACGCUGAAGGCAAGGAAACGCAUGUAUCGCUUGUCUGCUGUUGGCGGCCUGCAGAACUCCAGCGAGAGCUCGGUGGCCAGCAGCACACGGAGCCUGAUGAUGCCUCCCAUCCCUUCCACUCUACCCCCACCAGCAACCACGGCCCCAAAAGCGGCAGCCCUUGAUGCGCAGCCGGAAGAAACAAAAGAGCCCACGACGGACUUCUCGGCAUGCGAAACCAAGCUACGAGGCUUGGUGGAGUCUGCCGAGAUUCCGCUCAGGGAGAAAGAAUUCUUCACCAAGCGACUCGUGGACGUGUUCCCGUCGCUUGCCUUGCCGCACAAGCAGUUCAUCUCUCAAGUCGUCGAUGGCAUAGUGGCCAAGGAGCCCAGCGGGACACUCAAGACGCGGGUCUUGAACUACAUGAUGGUCAACAGUGGCGUCAGCGUCUGGGGCGUGCCCUUGAAGAAGCUCGUGGAGACGCUCAAGUAG